AUGGGAUCUCAAACAGAUCAUAAAAUUCCUGUCAUAGAUUUUACUGACAAGAACCUGAAGCCUGGAUCGGAUUCAUGGGUCUCGGCAUGCAAACUAAUCCGUUAUGGGUUAGAAGAGUAUGGCUGUUUCGAAGCGGUUUAUGAUAAAGUUCCCACAGAACUUCACACCUCCAUAUUUUCUGCAGCUAAAGAGUUGUUUGAUCUCCCUAUUGAAACUAAAGAGCAGAAAACCAGUGAUCGGCCCGGGGCAAACUAUGUUGGGCAAGACCCCUUUGUUCCUUUGUAUGAAUCUUUGGGACUUGAUAAUCCAACAAGUUUCGAAGCAGCUGAAUCUUUUACAAAAUUCAUGUGGCCUGCAGGAAAUGAUACUUUUCGUGAAAUUGUUCGUUCCUUCUCAAAGCCGGCGGCGGAAUUAUAUGGAACGGCGAUAAGAAUUGUGUUUGAUAGCUAUGGCUUAGGGAGGCUCUAUGGCUCUCACAUUGAGUCGGCCUUUUACCGUCUCCGGUUCUUCAAAUACUCGGUGCCGAAGCCGAAUGAAUCUAAUGUAGGAUUGCCGAAUCACACCGAUAAGACCUUCGUAACAAUUCUUCAUCAACAUCAGGUGGAGGGUUUGCAGAUAAGAACAAAGGAUGAUCAGUACAUUGAUGUAAAAGCCAAGCCCUCAUCCUUUUUGUGCAUUGCAGGAGAGGGACUCAUGGCAUGGAGUAAUGACAGGAUACGGCCUUGUGAACAUCGAGUAAUAAUCAAAGAAAACAAGGGCAGAUACUCACUUGGAUUUUACACAUUAGUCAAUGGAGUGAUACAUGUUCCUGAAGAGAUGAUUGAUGAGGAAUAUCCCUUGGCAUAUAAACCAAUUGAUUAUUUGGAUUUCCUUCUUCAUUUCUUUACAAACGACAUAGUAAGAUAUGCGGCAUGUCCUAUUAAGGCCUUUGCUGGUGUUUGA